AUGUCGUUCGUUGUUAAAGCCAGUGGAAUUUUACAACAGCCAGCAGCCGCUGCUCUUCUCUGGGAUGCCACAUCCGUUCGUAAUAUGGCAACUCUUAAAGACAUCAGUCGUCGUUUGAAAUCGGUAAAAAGUAUUCAAAAAAUCACAAAAUCAAUGAAAAUGGUUUCAGCAGCUAAAUAUGCCAAAGCUGAAAGAGAGUUACGUGCUGCUCGUUCAUAUGGAGUUAGCGCAAAAGCUUUCUAUGACAAUUUGGAAGUCGAAAAAAGUGAAGGUCCUCAAAAACAUUUAUAUAUUGCUGCAACAUCUGAUCGUGGUCUUUGUGGUGCCGCUAAUUCAUCGAUUAUAAAAAAUAUUCGUAAUCAGAUGGUUGAAGAUAAAUCAACAGCAGAAUCAACAAAAGUAAUUGCUAUUGGAGAUAAAUCCCGUGCUGGUCUUGCUCGAACACAUGCACCAAAUUUACUUUUAUCUGUUAAUGAAAUUGGUAAACGACCAAUUGUUUUUGGAGAUGCAUCAGCUAUUGCCCAACAAUUAAUGAGUUCCGGUUUUGAAUUUGAUACAGCUGAUAUUGUUUAUAAUAAAUUCAAAUCAGCUAUUGCUUAUACAACAUCACGUCAAAAAGUUUUAUCCAGUGAGGCAAUUCAACGUUCAAAAUCAAUUCAAGUUUAUGAUUCAACAGAUGCUGAUGUUCUUCGUUCAUUUCAAGAAUUUAAUUUAGCAUCUGUUCUUUUUUAUGCAAUGAAAGAAAAUGCAACAGCUGAACAAUCAUCACGUAUGACAGCUAUGGAUAAUGCAACAAAGAAUGCUGGAGAAUUAAUCAAUAAAUUAACAACAUAUUAUAACAGAACACGUCAAUCAGUUAUUACAACUGAACUUAUUGAAAUUAUUUCAGGAGCUGCUGCUUUGGAACAAAAAAAUUAA